AUGUAUACAGCUGGCUCUAGUCCACAGUCUGUAGCUGUUGGUGAUUUCAACAACGAUGAUCAACUGGAUAUCGUUGUCGUUAAUGGCGAAGGCAAUAAUAUUGGUGUAUUUCUUGGAUAUGACAAUGGCUAUUUUGCCAAUCAAAUGGUAUACUCAACUGGUUCUGAUCCACGUCAUGUAGCUGUCGGUGAUUUCAACAACGACACUCAACUGGAUAUUGUUGUCGUUAAUUAUAUUGACAAUAAUAUUAGUGUGCUUCUCGGAUAUGGAAAUGGUUCUUUUACAAGUCAAACCACGUACUCAACGGGUAUUGGUGCAUUAUAUGUAGCACUUGGUGACUUCAAUAAUGACACUCGACUAGAUAUCGUCGUUGUUAAUACUAAUGACAACAAUAUAAGUGUGUUUCUCGGAUAUGGUAAUGGUUCUUUUGCCAACCAAAUCACGUUCGCAACUGGUUCUUCUCCACAAUCUGUAGCCGUAGGUGAUUUCAAUAACGACAAUCGAAUGGAUGUCGUCGUUCUCAAUCAUGAUGACAAUAACGUAGGUGUACUUCUCGGAUAUGGGAAUGGUUCUUUUGUAAAUCAAAUUACAUCUUCAACUAGUUCUGAUCCACGAAUUGUAGUUGCUAGCGAUUUUAACAACGACAACCAACUAGAUAUCGUCGUGACGUAUUAUUUUGACACUAGUAUUGGGGUAUUUCUUGGAUGUGGCAAUGGCUCUUUUUCAAAACCAUUCACGUAUUUAACUGGGUCUUAUGUAUUCCAUAUCGCUGUCGGUGAUUUUAAUACUGACAAUCAAUUGGACAUUGUCGUUACUCAUAAUAGUGAGGAAAAUAUUGGUGUACUUCUUGGAUAUGGCAAUGCCUCUUUUGCAAAUCAAAUUACAUAUGCUUUUCCCCGUUCUCCAUUCUAUGUAAGUGUUGGCGAUUUCAACAGUGAUGCACGUCUCGAUAUCGUCGUCACUGAUUCUAUGGAAAAGAAUGUAGGUGUACUUCUCCAUUAUGCUCGAGCGUCUUUAGGAAAGGAAAUAAUAUUUGCAGUUGGUAGUGGUGCUCGCAUACAACACGUAGGUGUUGCUGAUUUUAAUAGUGACGCAAUACAAGAUAUUGUUGUUGUCAAUUAUGGUACUAAUAAUAUAGGUGUACUUCUUGGACAUGGUGAUGGAUCGUUCCUAGAGCAAACGACUUUUUCAACUGGCUCAAUGUCUAAUCCUUAUUCAAUCGUCAUUGGUAGUUUCAAUAACGACGAUUAUCUUGAUUUUGCGGUGGCCAAUCAUGGUACUAAAAAUGUCGAUAUGCUUCUUGGAGAUGGAACAGGAGCGUUUGCACGCCAGAUACCUUAUGGACGUCGUUUAGAUUUUGCUCCGUCAAUUAUCGCUGCAGGUGAUUUCAACAAGGACGGACAAUCAGAUAUUGUUGUCGCAUAUAAUGACUUGGAUCAUAUUGAUAUACUUGUAACAUAUAAUACAGGAACUUUUAGAAAUCAAGCGACGUAUUCGACUGGCUCUUAUCCAUUGUCUGUAGCUACUGGUGAUUUCAACAACGACAUGCGACUAGAUAUUGUCGUUGCUAAUCUAUAUGAUGGCAGUGUCAGUAUAUUGCUCGGAUACGGCAAUAGCUCUUUUGCAAAUCAAAUAAUAUAUUCAACUGGUUCCUUGCCAAUUAAAGUAGCUGUUGCGGAUGUUAAUAACGAUAAUCAAUUGGAUAUUCUCGUCAUUUAUUCUGGUAGCGAUGUUGGUGUGCUUCUUGGUUAUGGUAAUGGUUCUUUUGCUAAUAAAACAACAUAUGCAACUGGUAUUUGGCCAUCUGAUAUAGUUGUCGGUGAUUUUAACCAGGACACUCAACUGGAUAUCGUCGUCCUUAAUAGUUACAACGCCACUCUAAGUAUACUUCUAGGCUUUGGUAAUGGCUCUUUCGCAAAUCAAAUCACGUAUUCACCUGGCUCUAAUCCAUCUUUUAUAGCUAUCGGUGAUUUCAACAACGACACUCGACUAGAUAUUGUUCUAAUUAAUUCUAAUGACAGCACUGUAAGCCUACUUUUAGGAUUUGGCAAUGGUUCUUUUACAAAUCGAGACAUUGAUGCAAGCAGCUCUAUUCCAAAUUUUGUAGAUGUUGGUGAUUUUAAUAAUGAUAAUCAAUUGGAUAUCGUCCUAGUUAAAUCCAAUGAAAGCAUUGUAAGCGUACUUUUGGGAUAUGGCAAUGGUUCUUUUGCAAAUCAAAUAACAUCUUCUGGUAGUUUUGACACGCUAUCUCUAAAUGUUGCUGAUUUCAACAACGAUACUCAACUAGAUAUCGUUAUCGUUAAUUAUCAGCAUAACAGUGUAGGGAUACUUCUCGGAUAUGGUAAUGGUUCUUUUGCAGAUCAAAUUACCUAUUCGACUGGAUCUUAUCCAGUAUCUGUAGCUGUCGGCGAUUUCAACAACGACACUCAACCAGAUAUUAUCGUUGUGAAUUCUUAUGACAAUAAUGUGUGUGUAUUUACUGGAGACUUCAAUAGGAUUUUUGUAUAUCAAAAUACACUUACAACUGGUAAAGGAUCUCUUCCACGGUCAUUCAUCAUUGCUGAUUUUAAUGAUGACACUCAUAUGGAUAUCGGUGUUGUUAAUUCAGGCACUAAUAAUGUGGGCAUUUUUCUUGGAUAUAGCAAUGGCUCUUUCGCAAAUCAAAUGACGUAUCCAUCUGGUUCUUCUCCGUGGUCUAUAGCUGUGGGUGAUUUCAACAACGAUACUCGACCAGAUAUCGUCGUUGCUAACUCUGAUGACGACAAUAUAGGUCUACUUCUCGGAUAUGGUAACGGGUCGUUUGCAAAGCAAAUUACGUAUUCAACUGGCUUUAGUUCUCAACCAUAUUCGAUUGCUGUUGGUGACUUCAAUAAUGACACCUUACUAGAUAUCAUCGUCACUAAUUAUGGUACCAACAAUAUAGUUGUAUUUCUUGGAUAUGGCGAUAGCACAUUUGCUGAUCCGAAAGCGUUUUCAGUAGGUUUUGGAUCUUCUCCAUUUUCUGUUGUUGUUGGUGAUUUCAAUAAUGACAAAAAGCUGGAUUUUGCUGUCGCCAACUAUGAUAGUGACAGUUUAAAAGUUCUGUUGCAGAGUUGUUAA